AUGCAGCUUAUCGGGGCCAAUCCUGACGGUGCACUGGAGUCACACCGGCCAAUGAGCGGCGAGACAAUAUGCAACGACCGGGGCCUGACGCUAGAAGGGGGGUGGAAGGUUCGUCGAAGCCCACUUAACGGCGCUAGCAAGUCAGCACUUGGGAAGCCCGGGCUAAUGCGUCGAGGAUCCGUGUUUGCAGAAAUUCCCGCAGAUGCAGUGAUCCUCUCUCGGAAUGACGCUGUGGGGGGGCUGUGGUGUGGGACCCCAUUCACCAUGCAGCCUCAAAGUGAAGCCAGUUCACUGGCGUGCUGCAGUUCGUGUUCUUUGGGGCAUGUGCCAGGACACUUAAGAAAGCCCUCCGCCUGCUCUGGCCAGCGAUUCUUGCCCAAGGUCAAACCGCUUUCCUGCUUCGAGUGUCGCCAGUAUAGAUCAUUCCAUUGCGAGUUUGGUACUCCAACACUAUUCCACAAGCGGUAG